AAGAAUAACAUUGUGUGCGCGUCCUCUCAAAGUCGUUAUUGCGUUUGCAUUUAGAUAAAUCGCGAAAAAAUUAUAAAUAUUUUAUUUUGACGGAUUACGAUGCGAAUUCGACUUGACCUUAUAGUGAUUAUCGCAUCACAAGAUAUUCCGAAAAAGCUGAAGAGCUGAUAACGCGCGAAGUGAGAGAGGUUGCUUUCUUCCAUAUUUUUUUUUAUAUACAGUUACGCAAGUCUAUUAAUAAAGUAAAUGGGACACAACCAUUGAUGUAUAUACAUAUAUCUUCGUUAAAGAAAAAGCGGAGACAGCUUUCGGGAAAGCGAAAGACGAAAAUCGAAUCGAAAAAUCGCGUCGUCUCCUUGUUUGUCCAAGAAUGUACGAGAUAUCGCUGACAGAGAAAAUAUUAUGUAACAUAAGCCUAUACAUUUUAGCUUCGAGUCUUCUAAAUCGGGACAGCGUAACAGCAGUUUACGAAUUCGUAAUCUUUAUUCAUUAUCGUUUUAACAUAAACAUGCGUAACAUAACGAUCGUAUGAGAGAUUCAAAGGAAAGAUUGCGAUGAAAAGAGAUUCAAGACCUUCAUAAAUUUCGCUUUAAUAUAUAAUUGAUGACGACAGCUUUUUUUUGCUUCGUGUAUAUGCGCGAAUAAACAAGUGACUUGAUAAGCAAGUUUUGAUAUGUCACAUUUAUCGCAUCGAUAUAACGUGUCGUUAUGCAAAUUUUUCUUUUGCAUAAUGAAACGUGCAUGCCGGUGCAUAUUGUCUUAUUUUGUACGUUUAAUACAGAUUUAUUUAUUACACCUUACUGAAAGUAAAAUCGGCGAAAAAAUGUGCGAAAAUUUUCCGAGAUAUUAUACAUAUAACAAUCUGUAUCAAGCAUAUCUUAUAAAUUAUCGCUUCUUUUUACCUUAUCCAAAUAUCUCGAUAAUUUCCUAAUAUGAGAAAAUCGAUUUAAAAAAUUAGUUUUUUUAUUUAAAAUAAAAUGUCAGUGACCCCUUCGAGAAAUCUCGAAAAUCAUGACUAAAAAAAUUUAUUAAUAUUCGUCUUUUCGAAUCGAACAGUUUCUUCUCGUAUUUCCAUAUUUAAAAAUAACGGAGAUAUUUCAGAUCAACUUAUAUGUACAAUAUAGUAAUUUAAUAAGGGAUCUAAUAAACGUCGCAAAUAUAUUGAAAGGAAACAUAUAUGUGUGCGUGUAUAUUUUUCGCACUACGUCACGCAAUGAUUACGGAAAGAAAAAAACCUUUACUAAUUAAGUCAACUUAAGCGGUUGACAUACAUUCCUCUUGCUUUAAGAUUGACAAACAAUAAGCAAAAACAAAAAUGCAUCAUAAGAAUAAAUAUUCUUAAAUAGCACGCAUACAAAGGAAGGGGAAUUCUUGCGGAAGGAUAGUGAAUUGGAAACUUGCACACGUCAGUGAAGAUUUGCCUUUCUAACGACACGGUCAAAGCUACAAGUGUUACGUAUUCGUUCAUUUUGUUCAUUUCGUUCUAUCGUUCCUUUUUGUUUUGUUUUAUUUUUCAUUCUCUUCGUAGAAGACAGAAUUUUGCAAUUCAAACAGAGUGUAAAGCUUGUACGUGGUGCGAUGUAAAAAUAAUUUCCGCAUUUUCACGACAACUAACGAAACGAUAAGAGAUAUCGCCAUAUGAGACUGGCGUUCCAUAUUAAAAAAAAAAAUCGAAUUAUCGUUCUUAUAACGCUUAAAAAUUAUUCUUUGGCUAUUUCGCGUCUAUUAUCGGGACAAAAUAACUCGUUUCGCUUAUUUCAUUGCGCGCGACUUUUUCCUGUCAAUUUUACAAAAAUUUUUUUAUUUCUUCUCGCUAUUCUUUUUUUUACAAUAUUAUUAAUUAUGCAAUGAAAAAUUUUGCAAUGUCGAUGAUGACUAGAGCGGUAAUGUUUUACGACGACAUAAAGAUAAUAUGAUUGUAGUAUUACGUACAUAAGAUACAAUCGAACACACGUGUAAAAUUCGAGAUAGUUUACGAGAUUAUUUAUAUAUCCCAAGGGGUUGUACUGAUUACAAGUUAGAAAAAAAUUUUAAUAUUUCCGUAUCUUUGUCGGAUCUUUCGUAUUAUUUACAUAAGCGAAAAGCAAAGUCAAGUUAAUUUCAUACUAGUUUGAUAGUUGUGCGAGAAACUAUCCGGUUAUUAUCCUGGAUUUCGCGCCUGCUUGUUAAUAUCCGGCGUUGGAUCUUGAAUAUUCGGAUCUGUUUUGAGUCGCGAUGAAGCGAAUAAAGAGAUUCGUCUUGGCGGAAAAUACGGAGAAGGAUAAAAACUGGAAGAGCUCGGACAAUCUGUUGAUGCGCGUUGCGUCUAAAACGAGCAUAAACGCGAAGAACGGCGAGCCCGAUGUGGACGACACGGAAGAUGAGAAAGCGAACCAUCUGUCAGCUUUAGGAUUAACGCCCAGCAUGUCGCAGGGCACGGUGAUGAUUCAAACGCCAAAUCGACUUCAAGAGAAGGAUUUCACUAUCGCGACUCCUGAAGAGUUCGUCCAUCGUUUCGGAGGCACCAAGAUUAUCAACAAGGUGCUGAUCGCCAACAAUGGUAUCGCGGCGGUUAAAUGCAUGCGAUCGAUUCGACGUUGGUCGUACGAGAUGUUUAAGAACGAGAGGGCCGUGCGUUUCGUAGUGAUGGUCACGCCAGAAGAUCUAAAGGCGAACGCGGAGUACAUCAAAAUGGCAGACCAGUACGUGCCAGUACCGGGUGGGAGCAACAACAACAAUUACGCUAACGUGGAACUAAUCGUCGAUAUCGCGACACGUACUCAGGUCCAUGCAGUUUGGGCCGGAUGGGGCCACGCUUCGGAAAAUCCGAAACUUCCGGAACUGCUCCACAAAAAUAACAUCUGUUUUAUUGGACCGUCCGAGAGAGCCAUGUGGGCUUUAGGUGACAAAAUCGCAUCCAGUAUAGUCGCUCAAACUGCGGACGUGCCGACCCUUCCUUGGUCAGGAUCGGACUUGACAGCGCAUUAUAGCGGAAAGAAGAUUAAGAUAUCGUCGGAACUUUUCAAAAAGGGAUGCGUCGCCACUGUAGAGGAAUGUCUAGCAGCGGCAAACAAGAUUGGCUUCCCGGUCAUGGUGAAGGCGAGCGAGGGUGGCGGCGGUAAAGGGAUCAGGAAAGUUGAAAACGCCGAGGAGUUACCCGUCUUAUUCAGACAAGUGCAGACUGAAAUACCCGGCUCGCCGAUAUUUAUCAUGAAGCUGGCCAAAUGUGCUCGUCACUUGGAAGUACAAUUACUAGCUGAUAAUUAUGGUAACGCGAUAUCGCUGUUUGGACGCGAUUGCUCUAUCCAAAGGAGGCACCAAAAAAUUAUCGAGGAGGCGCCGGCCGUGAUUGCUAAGUCGGAGGUUUUUGAAGAGAUGGAAAAGGCCGCUGUGAGACUAGCAAAAAUGGUAGGAUAUGUCAGCGCGGGUACCGUAGAAUAUCUAUACGACACUGCCGGUAGAUAUUAUUUCUUGGAGUUGAAUCCGCGUCUUCAAGUGGAACAUCCUUGCACCGAGAUGGUGUCGGAUGUGAACUUGCCAGCGGCCCAAUUACAAAUAGCGAUGGGCUUACCGUUACAUCACAUCAAGGAUAUACGUCUUUUGUAUGGCGAAAGCCCCUGGGGCGACAGCCCGAUUGACUUUGACCAGCCACGUCACAAGCCUCAACCUUGGGGUCACGUAAUCGCAGCUAGAAUCACCAGCGAAAAUCCCGACGAAGGCUUUAAACCAAGUUCCGGCACGGUGCAAGAAUUGAAUUUUCGAUCGUCCAAGAACGUAUGGGGCUAUUUCUCGGUCGGCGCUUCGGGGGGACUUCACGAGUUCGCUGACUCGCAAUUUGGCCAUUGCUUCUCGUGGGGCGAAGACCGCAUUCAGGCUAGAGAAAAUUUAGUCGUAGCCCUAAAAGAAUUAAGUAUCAGGGGCGAUUUUAGGACCACAGUCGAAUAUCUCAUCACUCUUCUGGAAACGGAAUCCUUUCAACAGAAUAACAUAGAUACCGCUUGGCUCGACCUACUGAUCGCGGAACGUGUUCGCAGCGAUAAACCGGACGUUUUACUGGCUGUCACCUGCGGAGCGCUUCAUAUCGCCGAUAGAACGAUCACGGCCGCUUUCACCGGAUUUCAAACGGCCUUAGAAAAGGGCCAAAUACAGGCUAGCAACGAUUUAGACAACGUUGUUGAUGUAGAGCUUAUCAACGAUGGAUAUAAGUACAAAGUACAAGCUGCCAAAUCCGGUCCCAAUAGCUAUUUCCUCGUGAUGAACGGUUCUUACAAAGAAGUGGAGAUUCACCGCAUGUCGGAUGGAGGUUUGCUGCUUUCACUGGACGGUGCGAGUCUCACGACUUAUAUGCGGGAGGAGGUGGAUCGUUAUAGAAUCAUGUUGGGAAAUCAGACAUGCAUUUUUGAAAAGGAUAACGACCCAUCCUUAUUGAGAUCACCAUCGGCCGGCAAGCUAAUCAAUUUUUUGGUCGAGGACGGCGGCCAUGUGGGCUCCGGUCAGGCGUACGCCGAAAUCGAAGUGAUGAAAAUGGUCAUGACCGUUACUGUCAGCGAAGCGGGUAGCAUCUUUUACGUGAAGCGACCUGGCGCUAUACUGGAAGCCGGUACCAUGAUAGCGCAUCUCGAACUGGACGAUCCAUCGCUGGUGACGAAAGCGCAAGAAUAUACGGGACCGUUCCCAACGGCAGCGACGCUCGCCGUACCGGAGAAAUUGAACCAUCUUCAUGCCAAAUAUCGAACCGCUUUGGAAAAUACAUUGGCUGGAUAUUGUCUGCCGGAUCCGUUCCACUUGCCACGUUUGCGGGAGCUAAUCGAAAAAUUCAUGAGUUCGUUGCGCGAUCCCAACUUACCGUUGCUGGAAUUGCAGGAGGUGAUUGCAACAAUAUCCGGCAGGAUCCCUAUCUCGGUGGAGAAGAAGAUUCGUAAAUUGAUGUCAUUGUACGAGCGAAACAUCACGUCGAUCUUAGCCCAGUUUCCUAGUCAACAAAUCGCAGCCGUGAUCGACGGACAUGCGGCGACUUUGUCCAAGAGAGCCGAACGCGAUGUAUUCUUCUUGACGACUCAAGCCAUCGUGCAACUGGUACAGAGAUAUCGAAAUGGUAUACGCGGUCGAAUGAAGACCGCCGUGCACGAACUACUGCGACAGUAUUACAUGGUCGAGAGCCAGUUCCAGCAGGGUCAUUAUGACAAAUGCGUUUCCGCGCUGAUAGAGAAAUACAAGGACGAUGUGGCGACCGUCACCGGUAUGAUUUUCAGUCACAAUCAAGUGACGAAGAAGAAUGUCUUAGUCACUAUGCUGAUCGAUCAUCUAUGGGCCAACGAGCCCGGUCUUACCGAUGAGCUCUCGAACACAUUGACCGAACUGACUAGCCUGAAUCGCACGGAACACAGUCGAGUCGCGCUGAGAGCCAGACAAGUGUUGAUUGCCGCCCAUCAACCCGCCUACGAGCUCAGACACAAUCAAAUGGAAUCGAUAUUUCUCUCGGCAGUGGAUAUGUAUGGGCACGAUUUCCAUCCAGAGAAUUUGCAGAAGCUCAUUCUUUCGGAAACGUCCAUCUUUGAUAUUCUUCAUGACUUCUUCUAUCAUACUAACCGUGCGGUGUGUAACGCCGCCUUGGAGGUCUACGUUCGACGGGCUUACAUUAGUUACGAAUUCACGUGUUUGCAACACCUGGAGCUAUCCGGCGAGAUUCCGCUGGUAUAUUUCCAAUUCGUUUUACCCAGUAAUCAUCCGAAUCGUCAGAAUCAAUCUUUGGUGGAUUAUAGAGCCGGCGCGAUGGUGGCAUUCCAGGAUCUCGAGCAAUUCACUCAAUAUGCAGAUGAGGUUUUAGAUCUGUUGGAUGAUCUGUCGAGUCCUUCACCGGUAAUAUCUACAAAAUUAUUAGAGGCGGUGGACGCUGUCGGCAGCGAGUCGCGGCACAGCACGUCCAUCAAUGUGUCCUUGAGCAUGGCAACGGAUGGAAUAACGUCGACCGUGGCGGCGGCGACCAACGACAAGACCACCGAACCGGUUCACAUAUUGAGUAUCGCGGUCAAGGAGAGUGGCACCGAAGAUGAUGCCACUAUGUCUCGAUUAUUUGGAGAUUGGUGCGCUAACAACAAAGACGAGUUGAUAUCCCGCGGCAUCCGUAGAGUAACGUUCACCGUGCUCAAGAAGAGACAAUUCCCCAAGUUCUUCACCUUUCGUCAGCGAGAGGGUUUCGUCGAGGACAGGAUCUAUCGGCAUCUCGAGCCCGGUUGCGCCUUUCAAUUAGAAUUAAAUCGUAUGCGAACGUACGAUCUCGAGGCGCUUCCGACGUCGAAUCAGAAGAUGCAUCUGUAUCUCGGCAAAGCCAAAGUUGCCAAGGGCCAGCAGGUUACCGAUUAUCGUUUCUUCAUUCGCUCGAUUAUACGGCAUUCUGAUCUUAUCACGAAGGAAGCGAGUUUCGAUUAUCUUCACAAUGAAGGCGAACGCGUUUUGCUCGAGGCUAUGGACGAAUUGGAGGUCGCGUUCUCGCAUCCUCUCGCGAAACGCACAGAGUGUAAUCAUAUCUUCUUGAAUUUCGUACCCACGGUCAUUAUGGAUCCGAAUAGAAUAGAGGAGAGUGUGACUAGUAUGGUGUUGCGAUACGGGCCGAGAUUGUGGAAGUUGCAUGUACGACAGGCGGAGAUCAAGAUGACCAUACGGCCCGCACCGGGAAAACCGACCUCUAACGUGCGCCUUUGUAUCGCCAACGACAGCGGAUACAGCAUGGAUUUGCAUCUUUACACGGAGGCCACCGAUCCCAAGACGGGUAUCAUCCGUUUCGAGUCUUAUCUGCCCACAACGGUGAAUACAGCGAAUUGGAGGCCAGGUCCUAUGCACGGACUACCGAUCUCCACGCCGUAUCUAACCAAAGAUUAUCUUCAGGCAAAGAGAUUCCAGGCGCAGAGCGCCGGUACGACUUACGUCUACGAUUUGCCGGACAUAUUCCGGCAACAAGUCGAGAAAUUAUGGCAAAAAUAUAUAGAGGAGAGGCCAUUGAACGAUGGUCAGAAUCCAAUUGCUAUCCCUAAUCCAGUAAUGGACAUCGUGGAGUUGGUGCUAGAUGGGGAACAAUUAGUUGAGCAGAAGCGACUGCCGGGCGAGAACGACGUCGGCAUGAUUGCGUGGCGGUUGACCCUGUAUACCCCGGAAUGCCCGUUCGGUCGGGAUGUUAUACUCAUCGCCAAUGAUCUCACAUACCUGAUAGGCUCGUUCGGAAUACGCGAGGAUGUGCUGUUUUGUAGAGCUUCCGAGAAGGCGAGGCAGCUCGGGUGUCCGCGGAUAUAUUUUGCUGCUAAUUCCGGCGCCCGUAUCGGUCUGGCGGAGGAAGUAAAGGCCCUCUUCAGAAUCGCGUGGGAAGAGGAAAACGAGCCGGAGAAAGGCUUCAAAUAUAUAUAUCUUACGCCGGAUGAUUACGCGCGCCUAGCGUCUUUUAAUUCGGUGAAAGCUUCACUGAUCGAAGAUCCCGCGGGCGAGUCCCGUUACAGGAUUACAGACAUUAUCGGCAAGGACGACGGCUUUGGAGUGGAGAAUCUCAAAUACGCCGGUCUGAUCGCGGGCGAAACGUCGCGGGCCUACGAGGAGAUAAUUACAAUCUCUAUAGUGUCGUGCCGCGCGAUUGGUAUCGGCACUUAUCUAGUGCGUCUCGGCCAGAGGGUGAUACAGAUCGAGAACUCGCACAUUAUUCUAACCGGUUACCGAGCGUUGAACACCGUACUGGGUCGCGAGGUUUACGCCAGCAACAAUCAGUUGGGUGGCACGCAGAUUAUGCACAACAAUGGGGUGUCUCAUGCGACCGACGCCCGGGACUUGGACGGAGUAGCGACCGCCUUGAAGUGGCUCACUUACUUCCCCAGAAGCAAAGGUGCCCCGUUACCGAUACUAUUACCCGUUAUGGACCCGAUCGAUCGUGAAAUUGCUUAUAUGCCCACGAAAACGGCCUACGAUCCGAGAUGGAUGCUAGAAGGCAGAUAUUGCAACGAAUCGAAUGCUUGGGAGAGCGGCUUUUUCGACCGAGGCUCCUGGCACGAAAUAAUGAGGCCAUGGGCGCAAACGGUGGUGACCGGACGGGCCAGGCUCGGUGGUAUACCGUGCGGCGUUAUCGCCGUCGAAACGAGGACCGUCGAACUGCAUUUGCCGGCCGAUCCCGCCAAUCUGGAUUCCGAAGCUAAGACCAUAUCUCAAGCGGGACAGGUUUGGUUCCCAGACAGCGCGUACAAAACUGCACAGGCUAUCCAAGAUUUCGGAAAGGAGGAGCUACCGCUAUUUAUCUUUGCUAAUUGGAGAGGCUUCUCCGGAGGCAUGAAAGACAUGUACGAGCAAAUUGUCAAGUUCGGCGCGUACAUUGUCGACGGGCUGCGGAAAUAUGACAAGCCGAUAUUCGUUUAUAUCCCGCCGAAUGGAGAGCUCAGAGGUGGUGCUUGGGCAGUCGUGGAUCCUAUGAUAAAUCCUCGAUUUAUGGAGAUGUUUGCCGACAAUACCAGCAGAGGUGGCAUCUUGGAAGCCGACGCGAUUGUAGAGAUUAAAUUUCGAAACAAGGACAUUGUGAAAACUAUGCAUAGAGUCGAUUCCGUUAUACAAAAGCUAAAGGAAAAAUUGUCAACUGUUAAUACGACGGAGGAACGAAUCGAGCUCGAAGCACAGAUUCGUAAACGCGAGAACAUUCUGGAGCCAAUGUAUCGUCAAGUUGCCAUUCAUUUCGCCGACUUACAUGACACGCCGGAGAGAAUGUUUGAGAAGAACACGAUUCAAGAGAUAAUACCAUGGAAGAAAGCGCGUCGGUUAUUUUACUGGCGAUUACGACGCAGGCUUCUAGAAGAGGAAGUUAAGAACGAGAUCUUAUCGACACAGCCGAGUCUUGAUGUCAGGCAAAUGGGAGCAAUGUUGCGACGCUGGUUUAUCGAGGACAAGGGAACGACGGAAUCGUACUUGUGGGAUCAAGAUGAGGCCGCGACCUGUUGGUUAGAGGCACAACGUAAAACGGAUGAUAGUGUCGUGUCGCGUAAUAUAAUGUGCGUGAAGAGAGACGUGGUGGUGACGCGUAUCAAGGAGGCUCUGGACACCUAUCCGGAGAUUAGACUGAACGCAGUUUUGGAAAUUGCGCACAGAUUACAACCAGCCGAACGAGCAGAGUUGCAGAGAACUUUAUCGCAGUUGGAAACAACGGGGCAAGAGCACCAGGACACGGACGUUUUGUCCUGAGUGUGUUUCGCGUGUAAGCGUAUUUGCCGCAUGCUUAAUUCAUUCCAGCUUAUUAAAUGCUCGUUAAUAGUACAAUUCAUCAUCAGAGACGUACAUUAAUUCGUAUCAGUUUUCACAAAUAUUUCCUGUUAUCGAGGGUUAAUAAUCAAGUAAAUGUUUUUUCAAAAGAAAGAGAGAGAGAAUUUUUCAAAUUUCGAUAAAAAGAGCGCGUCACUGCCAUUGUGUGACCGUGACGAGUUUAUGGAUUAUACUUACAUUAUAAUGUGACGAGAGAUUUGAGAUUCCCAAAUUAUCGCAUGUUUUUUCAGCUAUGUUACUUUCGUCGCAGUCUGGAAAUAUAUACAGAUUUGUAUAAUGAGUUAUUAUAAACUACACAAUUAGUAUCUUAUAUUAUUUAUUUUUUUUUUAUGACAACAUAGCAUGAUAUCUUAACACACACAUUAUCUUUUAAUUUUUAAUUCCUUGGUUAUAACGUUUUUUGAUGAUAAGACACUAUAUACAUAUAUAUAUAUACAUAUAGACAUAUACAUACAUAUAUAUAUAUAUA